AUGAGAGGCCGCCGCAAGAGGACCGCCGACGACGAUUUCGACUACUCCUACUCCAACGACGACGACGACGACGACGAAAUGGACGGCUUUAGCAUCGGCGGCAACAACAAUCUCGGAGCAGGACCGACUCCGAAGGAGGAGACAGCGGCGGCGACGGCGGCGGUGGUGGUCGGCGCGCCCGCGAGAAAGAGGAGGCGGGACGGCAGCGGUAGCGGUGGCGGCCGUUCGGUGUCUUCAACCCCGGAUGAUGUCGACGACUACGACGACGGUGAAUCGAGAAAGGGGCCGGCGCGACGAGGAGGGGGGAGGAGCCGGAGGCGGCCGAGGCCCGACGGGAAAGCUCUCGCCGGGGAGAUGAUGGUCGGGAGCCCCGUCGCCGGGAGCGGUGGUGAUGGCGGAGAGACGGUUGGCGGCGGCGGCGGUGGCGGUGGCGGCGAUGGCGGAAGCGGAGCUGCGGCGACGGUGACGAGAUGCCUGGCGGAAAAGCGCCAGAGGCAGGCGGCGGGAAAGCGGCUGAAGAAGGCGGCGGCGGGAGUCAAGGUUGACGACACUCGCUCUCCCCCCCCAAGCGCGGCAGCCGCAGCGGAGCAGCACAACCCGUGCACCUGCAAGAAGUGUCGGUGCCUGAAGCUGUACUGCGACUGCUUCGCCCAAAGCCGGUUCUGCGGGUCCGCGUGCCUGUGCAAGCAGUGCUGCAACCGUCUUGGCGCAGUUGUCGUGCAGGCGGCCCGCCGGGCUGUCCUGGAGCGCAACCCGGAUGCUUUCCACCGUGCUCACAGCCUGGAGACGCGCCCGGGGUCAGUCACGAGCGGCGCCGGCUGCGGCUGCACCAGGUCGCACUGCCUCAAGAAGUACUGCGUCUGCUUCCAGAAGUCGUUGCUCUGUGGGGCAGGGUGCAAGUGCGAGGGCUGUCUGAACACCGUCGAGAAUCGUGGAGGGUAA